GCAGUGGCAAUAUGGAACUAUUUAUUUUGAAAAGUCACAUAAUCGGUUCUGCGUAUCUACACUUUGUUCUGUGUAGAAAUUCUCAUUCGAUGAAAACAAGACAAAGAUAGGUUAAGUGGAGACCGAAAAUUCCUAACCCUUAAGGUUCUUGAUCGUUGACGUACCUAUCGAAAUUUCCAUCGUUUAAAGUCUCGAUAUCACACUCGGAUGUCCUACCUGCCUAUGGACUUGUUGAGACCAAAUUUCCUUCUUUAUAAGCCUGAGGACUAAUUUGGAUGAAUAUAUGUGGAGCAGCCAUCUUCCUUCUCCUCCUCAAUAGGAUGAGAUGUUUGCUUGCCCAAGGUAAAACGGGUCCGGAGCAAUUUGAUAUUCAACUAUCCGAUGGAACGACCCCGUACGAAGGCGUUGUGCAAAUUUUCAUCAACGAUGAAUGGAUGUCUAUCUGCGAUGACUCCAUGAAUUUCAAGACAGCUAACGUUCUUUGCCGGAUGCUCGGGCAUGGGUCGGCCAUCAGCUACCACUGUUGUGGAGAACUAGGGACUGGAUGGGGCGAGUAUGUGCUUGAUGCUGUCCGUUGCGAGGGCCACGAAAGUAGCAUUGAAGAGUGCCACUAUUUGGUCAAAGAGCACUAUUAUGACGAAUCUAUGAUAUCAACUUAUUUCUGUGCCCACGAGGAGGAUGUGGGGCUUACAUGCAACCCAGCCCAGGUACGAUUGAAAGGCGGAUCAUACGGUCCAACGAUGCAUGAGGGGAAGGUUGAGAUCCUUCGCGAUCAGGAAUGGUUGGCCAUCUACGCAGAGUCCAUGGAUUUCAAUCUCGCCGUCCUACUGUGUCGAAUGUUGGACUACCAUACGGCCAAAGGCUUUCGCGAUCACGAGCGAACUGGGCAUCACCAAGAUGACGUCGUCAACGGCUCGUUCAAAUGCACGGGGGAAGAGAUGCACUUCAACGACUGUCCGUUUUCCAGUGGCGGAAUUGAUCACAUUAACAAUAGGAACCGUGUUGCGUGGCUCACCUGUCUCUCUUUGCCAGUCAAAGUUCUUACCUCAUCAAGGCGACAACAGGGGCUCGUGCAGGUAUACUACGGCACCGCGUGGGGCAAAAUAGCCUUCAACUCGUGGAGCAUGAAUGAAGCCAACGUGGUCUGUCGCAUGCUGGGCCAUGAUGGGGCCUCGGAAGCCACACGUGUCGAGGCCUGGUCGAUGUAUGACUCUGUGGUUCUGGAGUGGGUUCACUGUAAUGGCACAGAGAUUAACCUUGCGCAUUGUAACAUGUCUGAGUUUGUGAACAGAGAUGCCGGGGAUGAUUUACAUUUUGCUGGUGCUACCUGUAUUGGAGAACCUUCCAAACCUUUCCGACUCGCCGGAGGUCGUGAUCCUAGCGAAGGCAGGCUGGAAUUGUUUCAAUACGGCUAUUGGGGAACCAUGUGCGCUUCUCCAGUCGAGUUCAACCGCUUACAGCAAUACGGCAUGAACUCCGCUCGCUUGAUCUGUCGCAAGUUAGGCUACCCGGACGCACUGGAAUCGCAUUGCUGCGCACACUUUGGGCCCGGCGUAGGGGGCAUUUACGUUGAAUUGCCAGCCUGCGGUGUCAAGGAUACAGAUAUAUUGGCAUGUCCUAUGUGGUAUGAUACCAGAGGCAGGUGCAAUCACUUCCAUGACUUCGGGGUCACUUGUCAGAAGAACCUUGAUCUGGAAGUCCGACUUGUUGGUGGUAAAGACCGCAGUGAGGGUCGUAUUGAAGUUCUCUACGAAGGUGCAUGGGGGACAAUAUGUGACGACAACUGGGACCAGAACGACGCCAACGUUGUGUGCCGCAUGCUAGGGUAUGACAGAGCAGAGGGUUACUCCUGCUGUUCGGGUUACGGAGAGGGUGCCGGAGACAUUGUUUUCGACGAUGUCGAAUGCGACGGAUCAGAGGCCAAUAUUGGACACUGUCCAAGGAACAAACUUCGAUCACAUGACUGUACCCAUGCUGAAGAUGUUGGUGUGAAGUGUUUCGGCAAGGGUCCAGAACUUGACUCGACGACUACAGCUGACAUUCAUCUCCCUACCAACCCUGAUGAAAAUGAUAGGACCAAUUACAACAAAUGGCAGCUCUCACCUAACAAGACACUCGGUCUGAUGAUAACCUUGAUCAUGAUGUUUUUGAUCGUUAACAUUGCGAUCGUAGUGCUUUCCGUUAGGAUACACCAAUACAGAAGACGAAACACUCAUAUGUUUUAGGUGGUGUCGGCAGUAAUGGUCUCCGUGAUCAGGUUCGAAUUUCGGAUUGGAGUAUCUUCUCAAACUCACCCAACGAUUAGGCCUACAAUGCCCGCUCUACAACCAAACGUAUCCACAUGAUGAAGGCAGGAGCAGCAGCUGGAUCCACGUAUCUUGCUUUUACUUGCAUCUUUACGUGUUAGAUUUGCUACACGUGCCUCACGUUUGUAGCAUACACUACAUCCCCUUCCACAGAAAAUUUCGAUUCUACUACUACUAUUAAUUAAUUUCCUUCUUUGCCUUCUUCUUCUUCUUCGUAGUAGUAGUAGUAGUAGUAGUAGUAGUAGUAGUAGAAGAGGGAGAAGUAAUAGUAGUAGUAGUAGUAGUAGUAGUAGCAGUAGUAGUAGAAUGAGGAGACGAAGAAGAAGAAGAAGAGAAGAAGGAGAAGGAAAAGGAAACGAGGAGGAGUAUAGCUGUGAUUCCAAGAGCUGUUUCUUAUCCCCCAAAAACACAUAAAGACGGAAAGUACCUUUUUUUAAUAUGCCAUAUCAAAUUUAAUUAUAUAACUCAGCAAAUUUACCAAAACAUAUCAUGAAGUGAGAGGAGAAGCAAAGUGUUCCCAAUUGACAUUUGGAAGGGAAAUCAAUAGUAGAAUUCCAGAUAAUUUCUUAAAUCCUUACAAAAAGGUGCAAUUCAGCCAUUUUCAUUUGCGGAAUUCGAGCACAUUCUUAAUAAACAUGAUAAAUGUAAUUCCAAAACAAAUAAAUCUAACAAUGAACCAUUUCCCAGAAAUAAUAAUGAUGGUAACACAGCUUGAGGUUAACACUUAUAGCUCGGUCUUCAAAGGACUAUCUUUCCCGAUGCGAACUACCAGUGCUUCCCCCAACGUAAGUUCCAACGCUUCGAGGUUGACCGUUUCACCAUUCCGAUCCAUCCGUGAACUUAUCUCGACCACGCCCUCACUGGAGUUUAUCGUAACCCCAUUGGCUCGAAUUGUGCUGACGUAAUCACCAAUCACAAUGGUUUUCUUUCCUAAGUGAAUAGCUACUAGAUAAGACGGUUGAUCUGAUUCGUCAGGGUUUGGUCUGCGUAGAAAGGAGAAAAUAUCGUCGGAGACAAUGCCGUAGUCCAUGGUAUUGGUGUGGAAUGCCGGGCGCUGCUUACGGAUUCGGGCCAAUGCUUUGUAGAGACUAAGCACUGAUGUGGGGUCUUUUUGCUCGGACUGUAAAAUGAAUAAAACGAGAGAUCUUUACAAACUAA